UGUUUUAUCCUAUCUAUCUUCAAGAAUGGCUACUGCCUCUGCUUCUUACCAGAGCUUCAUUUCCCUAAACCCAAUUACUAAAACCCACAAUUGCUCUCUUUCAAACAACUCCAUCUCUAUUCUUAAUCCCGUUUCACAUUCUUCUCGUCUCACCGCUCGCUCUAAACCUACUCAUUUGUGGCUGAAGAAACCAUUCACCCCUCGUCUCUCUUGCACCAACAGUCUCUCCUCAAUCUCUCCCAACACCAGCCAGUACGAGUUUUCAGAUGGGUCCUCCGAGGUUGAGUUAAGAUUACAAAUGGGUGGCCAAGAUAAUCUAAGCUCCAAAGAUGUGUUUGUUGAUGCGGAUGGCUCUUCUUUGACUGUUAGAGUAAAGCGCUCUGGUUCUCUUCUUACGCUUAUAGAAACUAAUCAACUGUUUGAUAAAAUUAAGCCUGCUGAAACAAUAUGGUUUGUAAUUGUAAACUCGGAAAUUAAGUACAUUUUGUUUGAAAAUGGAGGACAGAAAACCAUUUGCAUUCCCUUUAGUUAUUGUUCCCUGCGACCCAUCUACACCUCCUAUUAG